GUGUUCGGGAAUAGUCGUUGGUUGUCACUUGAUCGCUCAUCGUUCACUUGUCGCCCGCUCUAUUCACUCACACACAUACACACAGACACAACCGUAGCUUGCACACACACGCACACAUACAGUUACAUGUAUGUUUGGCAGCCUGUCUCUUCGCUUGACUCCGUUUUGUUUUGCUCGUGCUCGUCCAGUUGCUGCUCGUGCCUCAAGCUCGCCGCGUCGCGUUUUCGCUCCACGCUCUCCCGCUCUCUCAAAAAUGCCGCUGCUGGGGCACAGCCAGGCCUAGACCCGUCCCGUUCAUCGACACACACAUAGCCAGCCAACCAGCCAGCCAAUUUUUCAAUUAAUUUCGGGCUACUCAAAAUAUUAUUUAGUCAUGGCUAUGCAAAUGUCACAGCCGCGCAACGGAAAUUAAAGAAACAAAAUCAAAGAACGCCAAAAAAAAAACAUAAAAAGAAAACAUAAAUAAAAGUUGCAUAGACUUCCCGGCACAAGGCAUUCAUUAUGUGAACCAUCCAUGGAACAUUGCGUUGCGGAGCAGACUUAGCCAGCCAGCAGCAGCAGCAGCAGCAGGUGCCACAGGGUCAUAGUCGAAGCGGAGGCAGAAGAAGCAGGAGCAAAGCGGAGACAGAGAAGGCUCACAACUAGCUGCACAGGAAAUGCUGAAGCACGCCUCGAAUGCGAGCAGCGCCACAGCCGCUGCGCCUGUCAGCGGACAGCUGCUGCGCACUGCCAACAACAGCAACGGCAACGGCAACGGCAACGGCAAUACCAACAACGCCAACAACAGCAAUUGCAAUGGCAACAACAACAGCAGCAGCAAUCCACCCCCAGUGGCGGUGGCAGCGGCAGCAGCAACCACCACCAACACAAUUGCAACUAGCCCCGUGCCAAACGGCGCAGCAGCGGCAACGGCAGCAACGGCUGGCGCUUCACCGACACCGGUGGCAGCUGCUGUUGCUAGCACGGCACGCAACAUACACCUGCGACCGCCGCAGCCGCUAAACAUAUCCGCGUUGAAUGCAUCCAAUUCUAUGCUGAACGGCGGUGUGCGAAGCGUGGCCAACGCAUCGACCCUGCUCAAUAUUGCCACGCAGGCGCCAAUGAAGCCGCUGACACCGCUCACGCCCAAUGGCAAUUGCAAUGGCAACAGUCUGCAUCAUCACACCUACACGAAUCAGCAUAUGUUGGCCAGCAGCAGCAGCAGCACACAUCAGCAGCAGCAGCCAACACUACACCUGCCCCAGCAUCCCCUAAACAACAAUAGCAACAACAACAAUAUCAACAACAUUAACAACAAUAUGCAUAAUUAUAGCCACUGCAACAGUUUGGGUAUCAACCCAAAUUCCGUGCUGCAGACGACUGUAAAGCCGACCAAACAUGGUCCAGGACCACGCGAAGUGCUGACAAGUUUAGGUUUGCUUUGCUUAGUUUCGCUGCUGCUGGCGCUGCUCUCGCUGAUCUUUCUGCUAAAGAUCUCGCCGAACAGCCGCGAAGAUGCGCUGACGCGCAGCAUCAGCAGCGACGAUUUUAUAAUCGUAUACGAUGUGACACUGGCACUAUGCGCUCUGUCCCUCUCAUUGAAUCUCUGCUGUCUGCUCGUCUGCGCCAUACAAUUUCUAUUUGCCGUCAAGCUGUUGCGCUCGCCCAUGUUUGAUGGCCGCGACAACAAGUACUUGGAAAAGUCGAGUGCUAGCAGAACGUGCGCUGUGAGUGGCUUCUUCAUCUCCAUACCAGUCUUUCUCACCGGCAUCAUAUUGUACACCUUCAACCACUUCCAUUCAACGCCAGCGAUCAUCACCAGCAUUCUGAUUGGCGUUGGCAUUGUUUUCUGUGGCGGUGCGAUGGUGCACAACGUUUUCGUGUGGCAAAAGGAGAAGACGAUCAGCUAUCGCACUCCACCACUGAAUAUGUCGCUGCACUUGCCACCAGUUCAGCUGUUCAACAACAGCGUGUGUCCACCACCUGUGUUGCCACUCUAUGGUCAACAGAAUCAUUCUAUGAUGCAUCAUCCUACUUCAGUGACGCCCGUCUCACCGAAUCACUCGCACGGCAGCUUCAAUCCGCUGCUCUGUACCAAUAGCAAUAAUAAUAAUGCUGGGGGCAUUAUCAACUCACCGUUUCUCGUGCGACCGGCGACAGCGACGCCGCCAACGCCCAAGCCCAUUUCCAUUGCAGCCAAUGGCAGCUGCCUGAUGGGGCGCGAGGCUAGCGGAUCGGUUAGUCCAGGUAUACCGCCAACGCUGGACAUGAGCAACAUUACCAUUUCGCUGCAUGAGCUGUCCACGCUGGUCUAAACCCAGUGCCCACUUCACAAAAUACAAUUAAGAAAUAAGCCGUUAGCCGUUAAGUUGAAAUAUAUAUAUACAUAUGCACGUAUGUAUGUAGUUGUAGACGACAUCCACCGUAAAGUGUUUAGCUUUAAUGAUGUCCCACUUGC